GCCUGCCACCCUGCAUCGCUCAGGCACCCUCUCCUCUGCAAAGGCAGUGGAAGCUGGGGGAGCCUUGCAUACUGGUCUUCCUGGAGCUGCAGACGAGGAGCCCCACGCCCUCGGGAGCCUCUCAGCGGCUUCCCCUCAUCCGCACGGCUGUGCGGGCUCUCCCAGCCACCCCCAGCUCGCCCUCAAUCCCUCCCUCCAGCCCAGCCGGCCGGAGCGCGCACACCGGGGCUCCAGCACGUGGGCGCGCGGGAGGCGGCGGCCGCUGCUGCCGCUGCCGGAGCCCAAGCCCCAGCCUGCGAGAUCGCCCUCCAUGCUGCGGGCUCUGCAGCCGCCUUCUGCUCAGCCUCUGGCCCAAGCCCAGCGGGGCGAGCCGGCGAAGCAGCGGAGGGGAGGGGGACACAGUCAGGAGGAGGGGCACGGCGUGCUCGGGCAAGCUGGGCUCUGAGCAAGGGGCGCCCGCAGCCGGGAGGAGGCAGCCCAGCUCUCUCGCUCAGUCUCUGCUCCAGCCACUGCUGAGGGUUCCAGGCAGUGCGAUGCCUCUCCUCUCCUAGGCGGCAGCCAGCGGAGGCUUCCCGUAGCUGUUCGGCCCACUCCAGCCCCUAUUCCACGGGUGAGUCUCUUGUCUAUCCCGACGCGCCCAGCCACUGGAGCCUGAGCGAGCGCAAAGUCCGAAGCCCGCCCCCAGCGCCACCAACUUCCCUGGGAGCCCCUCUCCCAGCAGCAGCCUGCGCCAGCCUUGGGAGCGAUGCGCCCCCAGCCGGGCGGUGCUCCCUCUGCCAACUCGCCACCCAUGGGAUCGACUGCCCUGGGCUGCCCUGCUUGGAGCGUGUAGCCUUAGCCGCGUGGCUGGAAAGAGGAGCAAGACACCCAAGGCGUUUCGUAGAUCCCUCGUGCGUCAGUCUGCUGGGGUCCCCUGCGGGGGCGGCAUCAAUACCCAAGGGAAAGAAAGUAGGCUCGGCAGAUUUCCUCUAUAGACUUGUUGAGACGAUCGAUAUUUCCUGGCUGCUUCUUGCUGUGAAGAAGACUGAAGCAACGUGAAAGAAACCUCCAUCCUCCGGGCUGUGGAGAAGGUGGUACUGGACCCCUGUGGAGGUUAAGAAAACUCUCUCUGGUGCUGGCCCGAGGGAAUGAUCUCAACUCCAAUGUCGCCCUGAGAUCUGCAUUCAAGACUCAGGAAGAUUAAGACCGCUAAGAUGCCUCAGGAACAGUACACACACCACCGGAGCACCAUGCCCAGCUCCGAGGGGCCACAGGUAUACAAAGUGGGGAUUUAUGGCUGGCGGAAAAGAUGCCUGUAUUUCUUUGUCCUGCUCCUGAUGAUUUUAAUACUGGUGAACUUGGCCAUGACCAUCUGGAUUCUCAAAGUCAUGAACUUCACAAUUGAUGGAAUGGGAAACUUGAGAAUCACAGAAAAGGGUCUCAAGCUAGAAGGAGACUCAGAAUUCUUACAACCUCUCUACGCCAAAGAAAUCCAGUCCAGACCGGGUAAUGCCCUGUACUUCAAAUCAGCCAGAAAUGUGACAGUGAACAUUCUCAAUGACCAGACUAAAGUGCUAACUCAGCUGAUAACAGGUCCAAAAGCCGUAGAAGCUUAUGGCCAAAAGUUUGAAGUAAAGACAGUGUCUGGAAAAUUGCUCUUUUCUGCAGAUAACAAUGAAGUGGUAGUAGGAGCUGAGAGAUUACGAGUUUUAGGAGCCGAGGGCACAGUGUUCCCUAAAUCUAUAGAGACACCUAAUGUCAGGGCAGACCCCUUCAAGGAACUAAGGUUGGAGUCCCCAACCCGGUCUCUGGUGAUGGAGGCCCCAAAAGGAGUAGAAAUAAACGCAGAAGCCGGCAACAUGGAAGCCACCUGCAGAACAGAGCUGAGACUGGAGUCCAAAGACGGAGAGAUUAAGUUAGAUGCUGCGAAAAUCAAACUACCUAGACUGCCUCACGGAUCCUACACGCCCACCGGAACGAGGCAGAAGGUCUUCGAGAUCUGCGUCUGCGCCAACGGGAGGCUAUUUCUGUCCCAGGCAGGAACCGGUUCCACUUGUCAGAUAAACACAAGUGUCUGCCUUUGAGAGACUAUCCACAGUGGACACUGUUGGCAGCAGAAGGCCUUUUUUUGGCUUUAGACACUGUCUGCCAGCUAUUUUUACUAGAACACAGAAAGCCUAUCAAAGACCUUUUGUGUGUGCGCCUGUGUGUGCGCGCGUGCGUGCGUGCGUGUGUGUACGCGUGUGGUUGCGUGUAUGGGUGGAUAUAAAUAUAUAUAAAUAUAUAUAAAUAAAUAUAUAUAUCCUCUGUAU